UAGCCUUCAUUUCGUAUUUGUAUUAUUUACACUUACUAAAUCGAAUACUUAUAAUGAUAUCAAUAAUAUUGUGAGGUGAAAAAUAUUAUUUAUGCAAAAUGGAUGAUACCGGGGCAUCACUAAAGACUGCGGAGGGCGCAGCGGCUACUAGAAAACGCAGAUCAUCAAUACUCAAAAGCCAGCGACCUCCGCGGACGCCUUUUUCAGAGUUGGAAUUCAACGUAGCCACGCCCACGGACACCGCGAAGAGUCGACGUGUCAGUUUCUCACGGCGUACCGGCGUUGCUGAAUUUGUUACGAAUGAAGCAACAACGACUUGGAAGAACUUUUACGAAGAACAUAAUAAAUCAUUGGAAUCAUCAGGCAACGAAUCAGCAGCAAACGCAGGCCGUCAGGUCAUAGGGCAUAUCGGGAAGAGAAUAUUCGAUCAGCAGUUUGAGGAGGUCGAGGUCGUAGAUAUCGGUGGUACUCUACAAACAAAUACAGUACUUCAGGAGUUUCAAACAUCACUAAAUAAUGUUAAUUUAACACAGCAGCUAGCUGCACUCGAAUGUACUGGCGACGAUAGGAAGCUAACAGCUCCUGUUCAAAAUUUCGAUUUAAGUUCGUUCACUGAUCACCAUAGCAAAGUGUUUGGAGAUGAUUUAAGUAUUCCAGUGAUGAAUGAAAUGUCGAAUCAGAUUAAUAUAAACUUUUCGAAUCUACAGCCGUUAGGUAACAGUAAUUGUGAUGAUUUAGAUGAAAUGCAACGCGACUUGGAAAGGUCGAAUCCAUCAAAUGUUGUCUGUCAGGGUCCUUCUAGAGGUAGAAGGGAUCUAUCGGAGUAUAUCGAAAUUGAUCUAAAUAUGACUAAUGUUGGUGUCAGAAGUGAUGAUUGUGAUAUGUCCAUCACUGAUACAAUCCAAAGUCCGAAAGUUCAGGAAGUUAUGAAAAGUAAUACGUCGAAUGUUAAUGACGAUUGGGCGGUUGACAAAGAAAAUAUAGUCAUGAAUCCCUAUACAACGCCUAAGGAAUCACUAAACUUUGCCGUUAAUGAAGUUACUGAUGAAGUUCUCGUAUUUGAUGGAAAGAAACUAACAGUUCAGUCGGAGAAGAAGAAGGUGCUAGAUCUAGAGAGUCAAAACGCUUCAAAUAAUACACAAACUCCUAAUAAUGUUACUCCGAAGAGAAAAACAAUAGUGUUGAAUAUGAACGAUGAUUUACCUAAUUUCAAUCAAGAUGGUUCACUCAUGACAAGUCAAAGUUAUAAUGUUCCCAAAGAUAAUGCACAAGAAAAGAAGACAGUUAUAUACAAUGACUUCGAUUUGUCAAUAACGCAAUCGGUUGAUAAUAAAAUUGAGGUGCCGAAACGAAAAACGAUCGUAUUUGAAGACGAUAUGGGAAACAUAUCGAUCACUCAAGCUGUUCCUGCUAAAGUUAUAAUACAUAAAGAGGAAAAGAGAAAGACAAUACUGUAUGAAAAUGAUUUGACGAAUUUAUCAAUAACACAAGCUGUUCCCACGAACAUAAUUCAUGGUAACAAAAGUAUGGCAGAAAAAAGAAAAAGUACUGUCUAUGAUGACGGUGAUAUAUCUUUUACACGUGCGCUACCUUCGAAUUUAAUUUUGAAUGAUAAAGCUAAACCAUCUCAAGAUAAAACAGUAUAUUUUCAAGAUGAUUUAGACAUGUCAGUCACGCAAGCGAUACCACAGAACAUUAUAUCUUCAAAAGUUAAAAAUAUCGAAUACACUAAGAAUGAUUUAACUAAUCUUUCAAUAACUCAGGCUAUACCUUGUAAUAUAAUAAUCAAUGAAAUAAAGAAAAACGAUCUGGGCAAAACAAUAUUUUACGGUAAUAAUCUAGAUGCAGAUAUUGAAACAACGCAAGUCGUCUCUGAUGAGGCUGUUUUCAUCAAAAAGAGUAACAUUGAUAAAAGGAAAACGAUUGUCUACGAAGAGGACGCUGGAAACGUGUCUAUCACGCAAGCUAUACCCUCUAAUAUUAUAUUCAGUAGUAAAAAUAACGUUUCUGAUGUAAAUGCGUCGAAAAUAGAUACUAAAGCAAAAGAUAAUCUCAAAAACAUAUCAGCUUUCGAUACUGAAACUAUUUCUGAAGCUAUGAAGGAACUAAAUACUGAGAAAAGUUCUCCAAAACGUAACGUAACACUUUAUGGAGAUCAAGCUGAAGUUUCAUUCACAAGAGUUAUGCCUACUAAUAUUUUACAAUCGAAUGUUAAUGAGCAAUAUGACAUGGAAACGAUUUCACGCGAUAAUGAUAUUUCUAUGACACGUGCGUUGCCUACUAAUAUAUUGUUGUCAGCUGAAGAACAGGUUAAAACUGAAGAAGAACCAUUAAACAAAGAGGCUGAUGUUACUAUACCUAAGACAGAUCUAAAUAAAACAGAAAGUAAAGAUAUUACAAUUAAUGCAGUAGGUAAUAUAACGAGAAUGUUACAAGAAUCUAAAUUUAAUAGCAACGAUUUAAGCAAUUUAUCAUUAACGAAGCCGAUACCGACUGAAAUAUUAAAUAUUCAUAAUGAUUUUCCGCACAAGUGCGAAAUUGAUGCUGAUAAGUGCAUAUUCGAAGAUAACAAUGCGUCCGUCAAUCAAGAUAUUUUGAUAUAUCAGAACGCGGAGCAGAAUGCGACAGUAAUAAACGAAACCAAUCAUAGUAAUUAUCCAGUAGAAGAUUUAAAACAAAUCUCGUAUAGUUCCUUCAGUAAAAAUAAUGAUUCUAUCAGACAUGAUCAUACAUUAAAUCAGACUACAGUCGAAGAACAGUCCAGUGAUAGAUCUAAUACUUACAGCAUUAGGAAAUAUGUCCAUAAUGAGGAGGGACUUAUUGAAAGAGAAAGCUUGAAGGAAAUAGAAAUACUGCCAAUUUGCACACAGGAAUCCAAAGUUAUUCUUGCAGAACAAAAUUCUAAGCCCAAAAAGUCUAUUCUUAGUGAGCUCUUAGACAUGUCGUGUGCUUCGUUAAAUGAAGCAAAUAUAAGUGAAACGAAAGCGUUAACUGAAAACGAACGGAGUCCACCAGCGGUUGAGAAAGAAUCAAGUGAGAGUCUCUUUUUGAUAAUAAGAGACAGCGGAAAUGAUAUUAACGUAGCACAUAUUGGGGAAACUGUGAAUAGUAAAAAUGACAAUGAUAUGAGCAGUGAUUUCCAAAAAAUAUCCUCACAGCUACAAGCGCGCGAUACCGAAGAAUCUGAGCAGGAUUAUUUAAAACAAAAGGUCGAAGAACUUAAAAUAAUUAAUGAAGUCAAUACGAAAUCGUUAAACAGACACUAUGAAAAAGUAUUGAGCUCAGAUCUCCGAAAAAGUAUAGAAGACUUAGAUAAAUCUAACGUCACUAGAGGCAAAAAAUCUUUUAAGAAUGCGGAUGACACGGCUGAGUUGUUAGAAAUGCUUUCGGAUUUUACAGACGGACAAUCUGAUGACCAAGGAAAGAAUAAAACGUUAGGCUCAAUAGAAGUAAAAGGCUCCGAAACUCUAGUAAACAAAAGUAAGUUAGCGCGUUUGAGUUUCGUUCCAAAGAGGCAGUCUAUCGCGUUUAGUCGAGAGGACUUGCUAAAUAAUAUUUCAAUGGCUCAAGCCGCCUUACAACAGUCUCGAUUCGAAAUGGACGAAAGCGGAAGUACAGAAGACACACACGACUCACCCGAAGAAGAAGACUUCCAAAGCAAUAAAUCGCCAAAGAAAUCAGUACGAAUGAGUACAGAAGUAGUGAAAACAUUACAAUUUGAAGAAGACGAUUCAAUUGACGAUAACAGUUCGAAUGCAGUUGUAGAAAUAUCACCGUUAAAGAAAACAGCUUUCGGUGAAAGCGCAUAUAUGAAGGAAGACAAAGCGAGAGUUAUACCGACUUAUUUGAAGGAUGUCUCAGAUGGUAUUAAAGCUCUGAUGCACGAUUUGGUAAAGCCGAUGGCAGACGUUCUACCUUACGAGACAACUGAACUACACAAGGCCAAGAAAUCAACUUCAACGUGCAGUACUCAGAUACAAGCAAGCCUAGUGACUUCGAGUCAGAUAGAUAUUGAUGUGGAAUUACGAUCCACUGCGGAGUCACUUGAUAAUAUAAAGUCGAAUCAAUCCAUCGUGACAGAGAUAGCCAUGGGUAAAGAAUCCGUGUCUCAAACAUUGAAACAAAAUUUUAAUCCGCCUCCAACAAAUAUCCCCUUGGAAAUAAAUCGUUUGCCAAAAAUAGAAGCGAAAAUGAAUACUUUAAUAACCCAUCAUUCGAACGCUGGACCCGUUAUUGUAUUCGAUCAUCACAAUCCACUAAACAAUAUACUGUUAACUCAAACGGAAUGUACGAAAGUUCACAAAUAUAACCCAUUAUCGAAAAGUAUUUGCAGUGAAGAUGAUUCUGUUGAUGAUAUAAAUAAAAAUAAGAAAUCAGAUGUCGCGAGUGUUUCGAUGCACUAUAACGUGGAAAGUCGUUUAAGUCGUAACCAAUCCGUAUUACAACCUGGGGACGCGUGUGACGAAAGAACAAGCGAAUUGAUCAGUAAGGGGUCGAAUGUUAGUAAGCCUCUGUCUGUCAAUCGAUCGACCGAAGGCUUAGCAUUGGACAUGAAACAUACAGAAGUCAACACAGUUAUCGCUAUGAAAGUUAAUCAGGAACUUCUACAAACAAGUUCCUCAUUAACAUUGGUGGAUGAUGCACUGGCUCAAUCAGCGUUUGACCUGAAAGUCGAUUUGAUUUCUUCUGAUGAUGAUCAAAGAUCCUCACUAAAAGCUAUUUACAACAUGGAUACCGAUGAAGAUCAAUUACAAAAUAUCGAUCCAGACAGCGAAGAUUUCGAAAAGGAAGAUGUUAAUGAAAAUUCAACCACAAGAAAACGUAGCUAUAGUCCAACGAAACAAGACAAAAAUAGAGCGAGUCGACCGAACGUGGACAUCACUCCGAAACCAGUUAGCAAAAUGCAAAAAAUAUCGAAUAGUCCGCAUUUAAAGAGCAAAGAUCGAGAACAAUUUAGUAUUGAAAAAAGUCCCGAUAAGACGAAAUCCCCAAAGAAAAGGAACAGCUCCAGGCCAGAGGAAGUAAUAACUGUUCAACAAUUAAUUUCAGAAUGUUACAGGAUCACGAAAAUGGAUCAGAAAAAUAAACAUGCAAAUUUAAUAGAGAGUCCAUCGGUUACCUUAGAUACGGAAACGAUAUCGCCAACCACAGAGAGCGCGACGAGCGUAGAUACUGUGAACGUUAGUGCGAAAGAGAGGCAAGAUACGAACAGUGUCGAUACCCAAGCGGUUACAGUGGUGGGCAGCGAUGUGUCGCGUGUGAACUGGCAGCCUGAAGUCGUUGACGAGUUGAGCUCAAAGAACUUACUAGCUGAAUGUAGUUCGAGUGCCAAUGUUGUCGCUAAAAUCAACACUCUGCCGUUCAUGGGAAGCCGAGAGUGCGAAUGGGAGUCUUCAGGUGGUGACGUGUGGAUGUUCCGACUCUUGCGUUCCCGUAUUCGGUUGACUGUCCGUCUCGCUCACUCGCAUCACAACGCGUCUCGGUCGCGAGUCCGCGCAGAUACACAUCUAGUCGCUUUGAUGGUGGAUCCUGUACAAGAAGAGAGCGACCCGCUGGCGGCGCUGUGCGUGCGGCUGGCGGCCGAGGCCAUGCGCUACGAGUGCUCGCGCGCCACCAGCGCCGCCGACGUGCCCGCGCUGCUGCGCCGCUGCGCCGCGCUCGCGCGCGUGGCGCUGCGUUGGGGCCGCGCCAUGCGCGACGCGCGCGCCCGCCUCGCCUACUCCGUCACGCCCGACGGCGAGCUCACGCUCAAGGUGGCGAACGUGCCGCUCCGCGCAGUGUGGGAGGUGCGGCUGGCGGUAGAGCUGGUGGCGGAGGAGCGCGGCGCGGCGUGGCCCCGCGCGGGACACGUGCGCGCCGCGUCCGUGCUGUCCGGCUCGCGGGCCCCCUCCCCCCCGCGCCUGGCGCGCCUGGCCGACAAGCUGCCGCGUGACUGGGGACACGCGCCGGCCGUGCUCUGGAAAGUGUUCAAGUAUUUGAAGAAUAAGACGAGAGAGGAUGAUUUACUUGGGUUAUAAUUGUAAAGGUCGUCCAAGAUUAGCAUAUAAUUAUCUUAAGUUGUUAAAGACUGUAGUUCCAUUCCACAAAGCCUUAAGUGACAUGACUGGAAAUUAAAAAAUAAAUUCAAGAGGCAAAUGUUUACAAAGGUUAGGUAUAAUUGUAACUUGUGCAAAACUAUACUUGUUAUCUAUUUCAAACGCUGUUAAGAUACAGUUGGAAAAAAAAGAGUAUAUUUUUUCAUUUAAAUAUUUAUAAAUGCAACAAUUAAAGCUUGAAAUAAAAUAAAACGAAUAUAAAACCUCUUUAAACUUAAACAAAGAAGAACUAAAGAACGAUAAACGACUAAUGCUUCUACUCUACUUAUAGCAUACACCUUAUUUUUCAAACACAAUAAUUAAAAUAAGUAACUAAGGUCGUUGCGUUGUAAUUACUCAUAAUGACGUCACACUGGUCGAUUCCAUGAGGUCUCCAAGCUAUUUGAAACAGAUAAUACAUCUAUUUCAGUUAAAAACUUUUUUAAUCGGAAUCACGUGCAAAAAAAAUAUAUUUUAAAAUUAUAUUUUCUAUGUUACGUAAUUUAACAUAACAUUUAAUAAAUUUAGUUAAAAACUAUUCAACCAACUUAAGGUAAGUUUGGUAAGCAUUAAAAAAAUAUUGUCGUUAUAUUUUUGUUAGCAUGCCAUCUGGGAUAUGGGAUCAGUACGCGUUAUACAUAAAUAUUCCACUGAACUCCCUUAGUUCCGAUACCGAAUCGGCUACCAUUCAUAACGCCAUUUUUCCACAAAUCCAUAAUGGAUAUCACAUAUUAUUAACAUAGAUCUCGACCGAUUAAGCCACAUCAAUUAAAGAUCAAAGUUGUGAAUUUAUCUCUAUUCCUGCCUUUGAAAUAGGCUAUAGUUUUGAUAGACGAGUUGUGAGCACACAUAAGCAGUAGUGGGGGUAAGUUUGCGUAUGUACACUUUGGGCCAAAUUACAGUAUCUAAUGACAAGUCAAGACUCAAGUAUCCAAUAGACGCCAAGCAUCAUCUGAUGGACCAAUUACGUGCAGCCUCGGCGCCCCGACUCCUUCAUGAAUACAAAGAUAUCUAAAAUACUACUGGGCAAAUUAAGAUUGUGCUAACGACUCAUGCCAUUCACUAUAAGCUUCAUAAACCUAGAUGGUACGCCUUCAGAACGAAAAGAAAAAAAAAUGUAUAAAAGUAUUUACGAACAUUACAUUUAAAGAAAGAAUAGUAUAAAUUGCAUUAUUCCAUGAUAUAUACAAAAAAUAUUAAUAUUAAAACCUACUUUUCCUACAUCCCCUCCAUUCAUCCAACCCAAACUCUCCACCGAUUUCAUCCUAACAUUUUUAUAAGAUUUACAAUUAUAAUAAAAAAAAAUGUAUUGAUUAUUUUAUUUGUAAAGAUUUUUUUUUAUUCGAUUUACUGUUUUAUUCCAACAAUAACGGUCGUACUUGUAAAUUGUAUGUUUAUAUGUGAUGCUGUCCCCUUCUUUCGAAUGUCUAAUUAAUUAUGACGGAAAGAGCUGCGAGAAUUCGUGUUUGACUUGAAAAUCGGUGCAAAACGUUACAAAGUAAGGCCGUUAGUCUUUAAAAUAAUAAUAAUGAAUUUAUUAUAUUUAAUUCAAAUAUGGCGGGUCCAACAAAGUGACUGAUGUUCCUCAAUUAUAUAUGUAAAUAUUAAAAUCUUUUUGAACUGAAAUUUUCGCUUUUAAUUAUACGUAGAUAAAGCAGAGACAAUAGCAAAACAAUACCUAUAAAUUUAGUGACUUACGGAACAGGGGAAUGAUAAAUUUAAGUAGACACUGUAAAUACACGUUAUUAUUUGUUAAAAUUAAUCGUUAGGGUAAACUUUAAACCAAGCUGAAAUAUAAAACUCCCUCCUCUCUAUUGCUCAAUUUAAUACAACAUUAUACGCGAAUAUAUUGCGUUUGCGCGAACUACCUCUUCCAUUUUCAAUCAGGCGCUUAUCUGCGCAAACUAGUUUGCACUCGUUAGCGCGAUAUUUGCACGUGUAAACUUUAUGUAAGUGCAAUUAUGUGAUUAAUUAAAUUUCAUCAAAGAAAUAGAAGUUACGCUG